AUGUCGGAAAGAUCAUGCCCGGUCUCUGGUUCCAAGGGCGGCAAAUGCCCUGGGGUCAGGAUGGGCCAGAGCGGCAGUCAGUCCCUUCGCGGGCCACGUGGAUGCUCUUUUUCUGGGUAUUGCCAGCCAGGGGAUAUCCACGCCGCCUUUGAUAUCCCGAGGGGCGUUGAUGUCGAGGAGUGGCUCCGGCUACGUGAGCGCAAAACGAUCAAUGAGGUCCUAUACUCCAACAUCCCAGCGCCCGAGGUCCUCAACAAGACCAAGAACAUCGACACGCUCACCGUUAGCGACCACAACCUGCUCGCCGUCGCGCUCGGCGCUCCCGCCCGGCAGGUCAUCAUCAGGGCCGAGGAGGUCGGCCCCAGGAGCGGCUGGCGGGAUGGGUACCUGACGGCCGAGUACGGCUUUGUCCCCGCCGACGCCGACGAGUCCCCCGCCGCCCUGGCGGCAUCGCCCGGCCGCAUCUGGUCGGAUCUCUGCGAGCGCAUGCCGGGCUGCGUGGCCCGGGGCCGCGUCAGGGACUCGGUGGCCGCCCUCCCCGUCGUCGAGGGCACCGAGGAGUUCAUCCCGGACGCCGCCCUGUGGGCCGCGUGCGUCGCCCUGGGCAUGCUCUGCUCCAUCUACCGGUACGAGGAUAACAAUGAUGGGAGCGAGGGCGUCAGCGUCGUCUCCCCUUCGGCCAAACGCACGGUUGAGAUGAGCGACGACGUCGUGGAGGAGCUCAAGGGGAUCCCGAGAAGCAUUGGCCUCCCCUACUUUCAGGUCUCCAAGCGCCUUGGGAGGGCGAUCCCACAUCUCAGCUUUGUUGACCAGUCAUCCUACAACACCAAAGUCAGAAACCCAAAGUCGACAUAUCCCUAUGUUGCUCGCUUCGACAACAUUGAUCUGAGGUGGCCAAUGUUUGGUGAGAGGACAGAGAUUGCCUUUCUCAAGGGCUGUGCAGACACAUCUGCCUCCUUCCAGCACGGCCCGGACGCCAUCGCUAGCUGUCAAGAGCAUGUGAUGAACAGGAAUGUGGAAGGCCUCCUGCGCGAGCUGAUCCGACUGAAGGAGAUUCUGGAAAGGAUGCCGAAUGCCUUUCACUCCAUAUCGCCAAACCCGAGCUCUGGUGACAAUUUCGUCUCAGCCGAAGAAUGGGUGAGAUGGGGACAGUUUUCCAAGCCCCUGUCCAAGCGCUGCGCAGCGGCUUCUGGCCUGCAGUUCCCGCCCUACCUCCUCAUGGAUGCGUUCCUUGGGAGGAAAAAGUACGACUCGUUCCUGGGGGCCGAAGGCGUCCACCUCAGGGCCUGGCAGCCGGCGAACCUGCGCGCCUUCAUCGCCGCUGUCGAGUACCACUACAGCAUUCCAGAGUUUGUCGAGCGGUCGGGUGACGCCCGGCUCAUGGGAGUUCUAGACGGCAUCGUGGAGGCCUACUCCGGAGAACGUGGGUUCAUGGGAGUCCAUCGCUACAAGGUGUUUGGUAUCCUUGAAGUCGCCGCGAAGACAGGACGUACCGAGACAAACGGCGCCUCCGGUGCGGCCGACGACACCAAGCCAUGGGAAGAGACGCACAAGCAGUUCUCCGAGGCGAUGCGCGAGCGACUGGAGCCCUACAGGGGGGACAUCCCGGAGCCUCACCUGAUGCGUGGCACCUUUGAGGAGUGCAGGUACCGCGCAAAGAUACUCAGCCGCGACUUUAUCGACAACGACCCUGCCCGGACCAUCGCCGGCGUGACGCUCGACAUCCAGAACACGGGUAUCACCUUCCAACCCGGAGAUCGCCUGGCCGUCAUGCCGCUCAACAGCUGGGAGGAGUGCGCUCGGGUGGCCGCGGCGCUCGGCCUUGACGCCCUACUAGACGCGCCCGUGAAGCUGGACUCUAAAUGGACGCGGUUCUCAAAGCACAUCGAGUCCGUUUCACGAUCCGGCCCGGCGCCGGACCUGACUGUUAAGGACAUUCUCCGCCGCGGCCACUUGGCACCGCUGACGCAAGAGCUCGUGCUCAAGAUUCACUCCAUGCUGCGCGCCUCGUCCAGCACCAUCCUGCAGGUCCUUGCGACGGACGAGUGGCCGGUCAGGGGCUCCCUGGGCGACCUUCUGCAGUCGGCCGUGCUCGACACCCCUUCGAGCGUCUGGGACCAGGCCUUCGACCUGCAAGGGGACCUGGCCUGGCUUGGCGAGCUCGUUCCCGUGGACGUGCCUAGGACCUACUCCAUCUCCAGCUUCCCCGACGAGCUCCUCCCCAGCACCGUCGACCUGACGGUGUCGCGCUCCGAGUACCAGCUCUGCUCGACGUUUGCCGGCAAGGACCGCGUCGCCAGGUCCGGCGUCAGCAGCGGCUUCCUCAACCCGGCCGUGUCGUCGCACGACGAGAUGAUGCCGAUAGACGAGGACGUCAUGAUCGGCGUCUCGCGGCCCGUGGCCUUCCAGCUGCCGCUCAACGGCGCGGCCCCCUGCGCCUUCUUCGCGGGCGGCAGCGGCAUCGCGCCCUUCCGCAGCUUCUGGCAGGCCCGCGUCGGGACCGGGACCGUGGGGCGCAACAUCCUGUACCUGGGCGUGCAGUCGCGCGACAAGUUCUGCUACGAGAACGAGCUGCGCCAGCACGUCGGCGCCGGCCACAUGGAGGUGCACCUCGCCUUCUCGCGCGACUCCCGCGGGCUGGUGUUUGACCCCUCCAGCCGGGACCUGAUCGAGCGCAAGGUCACGCCGCGCUACAUCGACGCCUUGAUCGUCGAGCAGGGCGCCACUGUUUGCGACAUGGUCAUGAGCAAGAAGCAAGGUGGGCUCGGCGGCUAUCUCUACGUCUGCGGCUCUGUUUCUGUGUUUGAGUCUGUCAUGAGCGGCAUCAAGAAGGCCAUCUACAAUGGUCGGACAGCCACCAUGGAGUCGGCCGACGUCAUCGUCAACACGGCCUUUGCCGAGCGCCGCUUCAUGCUCGACGUCUUCAUGACACCCAAGCCGCUGCCCUGCAACCUCCCAACCAUCCCCAUGUCUCAGCUGGCCCUCAACACCGGCCACAGGCCUGGAGGGCGCAUGUGGAUCGGGGUGCACGGCAAAGCGUACGACGUAACCGACUUCUGUCCCAUGCACCCGGGCGGCACGCUCAUCAUCAAAUCAAACGCCGGCGUCGACUGCUCCAAGUCGUUCGACAACCUUGCGCACACCAACAACCCCGAGGUCAGCAGUUUGUUGACCAAAUAUUUUGUCGGCCACCUGACGCCCAAGCCAGCCUUCCACGGCAACGACGAGCUGGGCGGGCUCUACGACCUCUGGGCCGACUAUCUGCGCACGAGCGUCGAGACCUUGGUGGCCCAAAACUUCGAGAUAAACCUGAUUGUGGGCGAGAAGAUGGACUCGCCCAUCGACCCCAGCAUGGUCUGGUUCCAGGGUAACAUGUUCUCCAUGAAGGGGGUGCGGAUGUUUUACAAGCAUCAAUCUAGGCUGCUGCAGAGCGGCUUCUCGGCCCUGUUCGGUCCCAAAUUUCAAGAGCUGGUGCUGAAGCUGUCCUUCAGCCUCGCCAAUGCCGCCUCUGCCGGCGCCUCGCCACGGCUCCCAGACGUCCUCGGCGUCAUCGCGCGCGCAAAGACAUCCACGGAGGCCGUGACGACGUCCAAGGAGAUCUCAGCCAUCGGGCGCUUCAUCAGCCACAGCGAGGACGCGCGCUUCCACGAGCAGGGCAUCAUACACUACGCCACCCAGGCCAUCGAGCUGGACAUGGGCCUGCUCGAGGACAUCCGCAUGGAGGCCUGCCACGGCAUGGAUGCCUUCGACGCCCUGUCCGCGCUCAAUGGUGACGAACUGGAGCCGGUCGCGGCGCUGGCAACGUUCCUGAUGCAGGUGCUGGAGCGCAUGGCGAAGCGUCUCGAGAUCUUCUAUGACAAGCUCGCGCAGCUCUCGGUGUACCGGCCCGAGAUCGAGCGGAACCCGGCCCGGACGCGCUGGCACCUCGUGCGGCAGCGCGUGCGCGACGGGUCCUUCUUCAUGCUCACACAGAGCAUGUCGGUGGCCGCGCCGCCGUCCUUCCAGCCGCGGAAGCAGCCGACGGUCGACUUUGACCACAUCGUCAGCCAGGUCCGGCACACUCUGGCCGUGAACCCGGCGCCCAUGAAUGUAAAAAACAGCCAGAAUAUGCACCGCCAACCGCAACCGCAACCACACCACCGCUUCGCAGCAGCACCCGCGCCCGCCCAGCCGGCAACGACGCCGACCCUCAACUCGAUGCACCACUCGCGGACGCAAGCACCGCCCAACGGCGCCUCUGCCUUCGAGAGCUACGAGAACGGCAGCGCGCUCAACCGCAUGAGCACCUUUAUGGACCGCAACGUGCGCGCCAUCCGCCGCCUGUCGCGCGCCCCCGCGGCGGUUCCCGCCUUUGCGGCCCCGCCUCCCAUCCCCGGCAUGAUCGCGUACGGCGGCGAGGACGACGGCAGCCACGUGCAGCAGAUGCUGCACCAGAACCUGCCGUACCAGACCCAGAUCCCGACGCCGCCGUCAAGCCGCAGCUCCAGCUCGGCGGCGCUGGACCGCGCGUGCAUGGCGUCGCCCGAGCUGCAGCUGCAACACCUAAUGUACGGCGCGGGGCCGUCGGCCGGCAGCCCGCUGGCGGAGAGGCGGGCGUCGCCGCCCAUGAGCGGCGCGAGCGCCAUGGCGGCCAUGAUGGGCAAGAUGAACGUGCGUGGGCGCGUCGGCGGGGGCGGAGGCGGUGGCAGCCCCAACGGCAGCAGCAGUCGGAAUAACAGCCCUGCUAGUGCUGGCGGUGGUCCUUUCGGCCGUGCAAACUCGUAUGCAGGGCUACCGGCGGGGCAGCACUUCCGCAAUCCUUCCAUGAGUGCGGUCCCGGUUGGCGGCGGCGAUGCCGGCACGAGAGUGGGCAGGCCGCGGACGGCGACGAGUACGAGUAGCGGCGGCUCGCUGAGGGCCUUCAAGCUGGCCGGCGUGGUGGCUGGACAGAAUCAGGCGAGGACGCAGACGGUGCCGCCGACGUUUUAGGAGACUAGGUGACGCAGGCGGGAGGUUAGUGAUGUAAGAUGGAAGGGAUAGGCAUAUAUGUAGCGAGGACUUUGCUUUGGUUAGAAUGUCCGAUUAGGUAUCUAGAGAGGGGAUCAAUCU